UAAAAAUAAAAAACUCUUUCUUUCUAGUCUCUAGUAUUUUUGGUAUAUUGCGACGACCAGAAAAAAAGAAAAAGCAGACCUAGAUAGAUAGAUGGCGGAGCAGCUUAUGGAGGAGCAGAUCGCUGAGUUCAAGGAAGCCUUCAGCCUCUUUGACAAGGACGGCGAUGGCUGCAUCACUACCAAAGAGUUGGGAACAGUCAUGAGAUCUUUGGGGCAAAAUCCCACUGAAGCUGAACUACAGGACAUGAUCAAUGAAGUUGAUGCUGAUCAAAAUGGCACUAUUGAUUUUUCUGAGUUUCUGAAUUUGAUGGCACGAAAAAUGAAGGAUACUGAUUCUGAGGAGGAACUCAGAGAAGCUUUCAAGGUGUUUGAUAAGGACCAGAAUGGCUUUAUUUCUGCUGCAGAGCUUCGACAUGUAAUGACAAAUCUUGGGGAAAAGCUGACAGAUGAAGAAGUGGAUGAGAUGAUACGUGAAGCAGAUUUGGAUGGUGAUGGUCAGGUGAAUUAUGAGGAGUUUGUGAGGAUGAUGCUUGCCAAGUGAUCUAUAACUGUUGUUUUCUUGUAAACAUGGUGGGGAUAUGAGAUACAAUUAUUGUAGAAAUAGUGCUUAUAUCUCAUGUAAGACUGUUGGAUUAUCUGGAAAGUAGUCAUUGUCAUUAGUGUGGAUUUGUAAACUGAUAUUCUUUAUUUUAGUUGUCUGUUUCUGUUA